GUUGUUUUGUUUAGUAUUAUUUUUCAGCAACAAGCGUAAAAUCGAUAUUUCAGUGUUCGCUACAAAUUCAGCUGCCUCUAGUUCCAACUGGACCGAAGAGGAACCGGUGACAAUGGUGUUCACUAGGAGAGUAAUGAGCGUCACCACUGAUAGCAGAACUAAAGAAAUAAAUUUGAGGAAUGCAGAUUCGCUGUGCUGCAGCAAAUGCUGCGGCGAGAGUAUGUACGCAGGAAAAUUAUGCUGCGAUUGUGGCGAAGGCAAUGGAACCUUAGAUUGGCUCUGGGAUGAAUCUUGCGAAGGCAGUGAUUGCGUUAUUGCUAAGCAGAAUAAAUGUGAGGUGUUGUUUCAUCCAGUUUACAGCUCUGGUACAGCCAUAAUUCGAGGUGACCAAGUCUUUGAGAAAAAUUUCCAUUACUAUUUUGAGGUGAAGAUUCUAACAACUCUGUAUGGGACUGAUGUUAUGGUUGGUGUGGUAACUCCUGAUGUCAACUUCAAGAAGUAUCAGUUAAAGUUCUGCAGCAUGUUGGGCCAUGAUGAUAAGUCUUGGGGAUACUCAUACAGUGGUCAUUUGCAUUAUUAUGGGCUGACGCGCAAGUACAGCAAGCAGUUUGGAUUGGGCAGUUUGGUUGGGAUGUACGUUGACAUGUGCCGUGGAACCAUUGAAUAUUACUUGAACAGAAAGCCGUUGGGUAUUGCGUUCAAUGGUUUGAAGGAACACAAGUUGAUUCCGACGGUUUGCUCGACCGCUGCCCAAUCCGCUGUUCGACUGACUUGCGCUAAAAAGUUGAAGCCUUCUUUGCAAUUGACCGCUCUCAAUAAGAUCUCUAGAAACACGGAAUUGACUAACAGCUUCUUCGAAGUCCCCGGUCUCUCCAUGCUCUGCCAGAAAGAUUUCUUUUGGUUGACCCCAAGGAAAGAUUACAUCGAGCAAACUGAGCAGCUGACUUUAGAGGAUGAGGUGGUUUUGUCGCUCGAUAGCGAGGGUAAACGGAAGAAGGUUAAAGUCGAUAAAUGGGGAAUUUACAUUGGACCGUCGCACGCUAAGAAAAGGAUAAAGAGACGUAAGAGCUGCAAAUGCGUUGUCAUCGAGUCUGGAGGCUCCAAGCAGGUAAUGACCCAAGCAGAAUUCUUGGACGAGGCGAAGACAAAGGAACAUUCGCUUCUGCAUUUCCUACAGCAUCAGCUGUCUCGAGAAGCCGAAGAGACCAUAAAUCUCUAUUCUGACGACGACAACGAUCCGAUAUUUGGAUUCAAUUACUUAUUUGAUGAACGUAGACGUAGAAGAAGGUUGGUAGAUGAGGACAGCUCCAGCUCUGAUUAAAAUAACGAAUCUAUCGCAUUCGAAUACUUUAAAAAAAAA